AAACAAAUAGAAAAAUGCUGAAACUCAUUCUGCCCUGCCUGGCACUGGCCCUGCUGGCUGUAAGCGUGCACGCUUUGAAGAUCCACGACUACGAGCACCAGGAGCAGCCCCACGAGCAGCACUACGAACACCAGGAACAUGCCAGCUACGAGCCGGAGCACGAGGAGACGGAGCUUCAUCAUGAGGUGGAGCAUAAGCAUGCCACGUCGCAUCAGAGCGUCAAGUUCCAUCACUACCACGCCGUGCCCGUGUACAUUAAGAAGGAGGAUCAGCAUCUGGUAAAGAAGCCCAUCGAGAUCGGCGGCACCAAACAGAAGCUGAAGAUCCUGCAUCCCAAGAGCGAGCACAAUCACAACCACGGCCUGGUGCUGGAGAACCACAGCGAGUCGCAUCUGCACGAGCAUGGCCACUACGAGGAGCCCGUGCACCACUCGGAGCACUACGAGCAUCACGAGCACUAUGCGCACCAUGAGUAGGCAGAUCAGAUCCUUUUCGGCGCCCCCCUUUGCCAAAUAAGUUGUGAGGAGGAGUUAUUCUCCCCAAACCCAACCCCAUCCCAUUCGUGUGUAAGGCUUU